AUGAGUUCAAACGUUGGAUCAAGCACUCCUACUAGCAGGUUUUUGGCCCUUGCGAAAACUACGAAGUUCACAUGGUUUUUGGGACAUUUUUUGGUAGUAUUAAGUUCAACCUUCUACUGGCUCUCUUUCAGAGUUACGUCACUUACUGAAGUGUGGUAUAGGCUCAUCUUUGUUGGAGCCCUUGAGUCAUUUGGGGUGUUAGUGUACCAAUCUUACGGCAAAUACUUCAAGAAAAAAACCGAAGCGACCAAAUCAGAGAAGCAGGCCGACGACGCAAUCCAAUUACGUCUCUUAUUCCGUGAUGAGAACGUACUUUACCUACUACUUUCUACUACUUGGUUGGUAUUAUCGCCAAGAAUCGCAGUUGCCACCGUGCCUUUUUUCAUCAUUUCCCUAUUUCAUGUGUUAACAUACACAGUGAACGAUUUUGCAUCCAAUGUGUUGUUAGUGAACGAUGUCAAGAGUCAUCCAUACCUUAAGUUCAUCGACUCUUUGGUAACCCAAAACCACGAGAACUCCCUAAAUGCAAUCUGCAACUCGGAAAUACUCUGUCUCUUCUACAACAUACUUAGAUUAUUGACUUUCAGGUCCCGGUCUCUCAUCACAUUGGCUGCCAUCUUCCUAUUCGUCGGCUUUAAAUGUCAAUGCUCUGCUCAUAUGAAGAGAGCCGUCGCCAAGUUAGAGGUUCGCCUGGAUGGAUUAAUCGCUCAUCCUUCCGUCCCACCUACGGUUAAGUCCAGAUACACUAGCAUCAAGCUGUUCAUUAGACGCUAUUUUGUUACUGCUACAUCCACUGCUCCUGUCCAAGAAAAGAAAUCCACUUAA